AUGGCAGAAUUAUUAAAGUGUGUGUUUUGUGAGAAUUCCGAUGUGAAUUUAAUAUUGUUUACGGAAGAAACGUUGAAAAAGUGUCAAACAAUAUUAAAACAUAGAAAGGAACAUAACCUAAAAUUCAAAAAUAUUGUUUUGCCAGCUGAUUUAUAUGAAAGUGGUUAUCAUAGACAAUGUUACAAAUCGUUCACAGGUUUGAUGAAAAAAUAUUAUUCUUCAAAUGCUACAAGUACAGAAAAAUCUACCCCAAAAGAAAAAUCUACUCCAAAAGAAAAAUCUACUCCAAAAGAAAAAUCAAUAAAUAUUGCAGAAAAUUCAUCAGCAGCAUGUUCAUCGACAUCUGAAUUAGAUACACAAUGUAUUGAGGUACAAUCAUCUAUUCCACAAAUUUCGAUGUUACCUCUACAUUCGUGUGAUAAAAAAGAUUUCCUUUCUAAACUAGAUGAAGAAAAUGAAAAUCAUAAGGAGUUCAUUAAUAAAUUUGAAAAUUAUUCGCUUUCAAAAAUUUGUUAUCAUCAUCCUUGCAAAUUAGAGUUUUCUUAUAAAACAUCAGUAAAAAAAGAAACACCCAAAAGUGAUUGGCAUGAUCUUCGUCAACAUCAUCAAACUGCUUUUGAGGAAAUAUCUGCUUUAAUUAAUGAAAAUAUAAUAAAAAAAGGACGAUGCUAUUUUUUGACUUAUCUUCAUAGAUAUUACAUGGAAAUAUUAAAUGAAAGUGAAGAAGGGAAUUCUACAAAAAAUAAAGGAAGUUUCACUCCACACAAUUUAGAAAUCAAGAUAAUAAAAGCAUUUGAUAAGCAAAUUAAAUUCUUUAUCAUCCAGAAUAAAAAAUUAGUAGCUCCGAAAAAUUUAAUUUCUAUUGAUGACCAAUCAUUUGAGUAUUUGAAGGAUGAAGAUAUUUUACACAAAGCUGCUUUAUUAUUGCGAAAAUCUAUUUUUUUUCUAUUUUUUCCAACAUUGGGU